CGGGUGUUCUUCUUUGCAGUUGUGGUCACAAUUCGAGUCGUUCUGCUUCAUAAUUCCAAAAACGAUGCACACAUCACUGGCGCUGCUUUUGCUCCCAUUGGGAGCCCUCUCAUUGCCGCUCGAAGCAUCCUCGCCUGAGUUCGACCCUUCUCUCGUGGCCAGAUGUGGUGCAAAUCCUUGCGAGGGCGUUCCUAGCACGGGACAUAGCGAUUCUCUGUGCGACAACAAGUACCUUGGGCCCAAACUUCUCACGGCGGCGGAGGACCCCGAAUGGUCUGAAAUGUUCAACGGAUAUAGUCCUCUCGGCUCAUACUGCCCGAAGGCCUUCCUGGACAAGUAUGUUCCCAGUGGUAAAAAAUAUGAAUACCCAGACAAGGAUGGCGCGCUCCUAGAUUCGGCUGGCGUCCCGGUCACAACUGAAUACACCCUCCAUGAAGGAUAUGAACUCGAUCGGUUCGGAACACGAUACGGAGGUUACCUCGCGCCUAAAGAUACCCCGUUCUCCUGGCGAUCGAUUCCCCCUAGCAACUUGAACAAAUACCCCGACAGCCCAGAGUAUAACUACUGGGUAUGGAGAGUCAAAGAAACCUUCAACAUCACCGGUGGACCAAUUGCACCUUGGUUCGGGCAACCCGGUUACGGUCUGCAAUUUUACCAUGAGGGCGGAUUGCAAGAACUUGAGGGGACGUUCCUUGAGCUUGUGGAGAAGAAGAAGUGUUCAUGUGAAGCCCUUCAUGACAGCUUGAAGGCUUGAAGUGAAGCCUCGCGGGGUUCAAAUCAACACGAUGUAAUGUCGUCC